GCAAGUCUCGCGAAAGUUAACAGCUUUCCCCAGGCGAGAGUUUCGGAGAGUGUCAGAUUCCGCUGGAGACGGAGAGGGGGCGAACUGAGCUAAUACUUUUGUUGCAGAACUUCAACAUAGUUGUUUUGUGAUGGCGCAUCGGAAACGGAAGCAGUGAAAAGAAGUCUGUUAAGGAAUGUGAUUGCAUGAAGCAGUGCAGAGAGGAUUGCCCAUUGUGCAACAUACAGAAGGUGCCUUCAUCAUCUUGCACAUCAUAGGCUGAAGAAUAAUGGGGGAUGACAGACCAUUUGUAUGCACUGCCCCAGGAUGUGGACAGAGGUUUACAAAUGAGGACCACCUUUCUGUUCAUAAACACAAACAUGAGAUGACAUUAAAGUUUGGUCCAGCCAGAACAGAUUCAGUUAUCAUUGCCGAUCAAACUCCCACCCCUACCCGUUUCCUGAAGAAUUGUGAAGAAGUGGGGCUUUUCAAUGAACUGGCCAGCUCAUUUGAACAAGAGUUGAAGAAAGAGGAGGAAGAAAAAAGGAGAUCUGUGCCGCUGGACAUGACCUUACCUUCCACUCCAGACGUAAAAGUAAAAGAGGAGGAGCCAUUUGAUGAGGAUUCAUCUCUUUCAAGCAGUCCUAUGUCUAUGCCUUCUUCACCUAAGCCUGAAGAAAGAGAGAUGACCCCUAAAACUGUUGCCAGUUCUACACCCACGCCUGCCAUUGUUCGUCCAGGAUCAUUGCCACUACAUCCAGGGUAUGACCCACUACAGCCUACUUUACCAUCACCAACAUCUGUCAUUACGCAGGCUCCUCCUUCCAACAGACUUCUAGGGUCUCCCACAAGUUCUGUUCCAGUCCUGGUACAGCUUUCCAGUGGACAAACUAUGCCUAUGCUCCCCGGCCCACAUGUCCAGAUGCCUUCUGUUAUAUCUCUUGCAAGACCUUUAUCCAUGGUACCCAACAUUCCAGGAAUUCCAGGUCCACCAGUAACAAACCUCAGUCCAACCUCACCUCCCUGCUUCCCUAUACAGUCUGAGGCAAAAAUGCGGUUAAAGGCUGCAUUGUCACAUCAGGUUCCAGUGACCAUGAAUGGUGGAAUUAUGGUUGGAUCCCCAAGUACCAUGAUACAGUCACGUCCAGAACAUGGACAAAUACUAAUAAACCAUCCUGAUGCACCUUCUCCAGCUCAACCACAGGUUUCCCCUGCUCAGCCAACUCCUAGCACUGGUGGUAGGCGAAAACGUUCCUUAGAUGAGGAUCCUGAUGAACGUCGACAGAGGUUCUUGGAGAGAAACCGUGCUGCUGCAUCACGCUGUAGGCAGAAACGGAAAGUUUGGGUGUCAUCCUUAGAAAAGAAAGCAGAAGAGCUCACAGCACAGAAUUUGCAGCUAACGAGUGAAGUGUCUCUACUUCGUAAUGAGGUAGCCCAGUUAAAGCAGUUGUUGUUGGCUCAUAAAGACUGUCCUGUUACGGCUUUGCAGAAGAAAACACAUGGUUACCUUGCAACAGAUGACAGUCCGAAGGCUAACUCAGAACCAACUGGAUCUCCUGCCCCUGUUAUUCAGCACAGCUCUGUUACUGCCACCCCAAAUGGAAUGAAUGUUCGCACAGCAGCUGAAGCUGUUGCCACAUCAGUCCUCACUCAGAUGGCAACACAAAGGACAGAACUGAACAUGCCUAUCCCUUCACAUGUCAUCAUGGCUCCACAGUCUCAGUCUGCCGGCAGAUGAUGUUACUUGCCACAUUAUGUAGAACUAGUCAGAACCUGCAGCCAGAAAAAAAAACUGGUUUAUGAAUUAACUGAAAUCCUGUAUAUCAGUGGCAAUGAAUUAAAAAAAGAGGAAAAUGCUAGCUAUGGAGCUUUUUUCUCCAUGUAUAUUUUAACCAGUCUGGACUGGUGGUCCACAUAAACACAGAAAAUUUCCAGGAUACUCAAAUGCCAUACUAUUGAAUUAUUGGAAAAGAACCAAGUCAUUUCUGUAAGCAACUGUGCUGUUGGACUUCUGAUAGUCCUUUUAUAUGGGAAAUACUGUAUUAUUCAACAAAAGAACACUAGAAUGACUGAGUUUGCCUGUACAUUACAAGGGCAAGCAUGAUAUGCAGUUUAGUUAAACUGCUUUAGGAUGUUGAAGACCAGACAGUUGUAGAUAUUAUGGUGAGACAUGUAAUUGAUGCGCACAUACUUUGGGGAUAAAUAUAUUACAACCACCUGAGUCAAGUACUGCAUGAAAUGUGGUACUGAAACUGUAAUAUGUGAAAGAGAUGCUCUUGUUUUAUUGUGUAGUACUUGGUCAGAUUUCCUUGACAAUGUGGCCUUCUGUCUGCCCCUAUAUUACUUAAUAUUGGGAGUGAUUUUACAGAACAGAUAUGUAGCUGCUUAGUACAGGUCUAGUCAUUUAUUGACAAUAGUAGCAUUUCUUAGCCAUUUUAGUCAUGUAGUUUCAUGUAGACAUAAGGCAACAGAGCAUGAAAUACACUUGUACGAUUUUUACUUACCCAAAAACAUACAUCCCUACAUUUAACAUGUGGUAACUUCUGAUGUAGCUAGUGCUUUGGUUUGCUUUCAGAAGAGAAAAUUAUAUUUACUGACUUAGUCCUGAAAAGAUGUAUUAUUCAGCUUGCUGAGACAGUGGAAAUUUUGUAUAUAGCUUAUGGAAUUCCACAGUGUAGCCAGCAAAAAAAAUUGGAGAAGGUCCAUUUUAGGAGUUGUAAAGGAGUGAGCACUUGGCAAUCAUUGAAUCAAUGGUGCAUUGGCUAUGACAACAGACUUCAACACAGAGGAAGAGGGAGUGCAGUGGCAGGGUCCUAAUAUAAAGCUGCAUGGGGUGUCAUGAGGGAGGCAAUGUUUAAAAAGUAACUGAAACAGUCUCCUUUUUGCAGCCCUUGUUAUGGAAUUAAAGAUGAACAUUGACAUUUAAAGUUUCUCCAUUCCAGUCUAUUCUCCAGUUGUGGCAGCACAGUGGUGCAGUAGUGAUAAAAAAGUUGUACCUUACCAUUUCUAAACUAUUUUAAAAUUCACUUGGCCUCUAGGUGAAGUUUUACAUUCAGUUCAGUAUUGUGCCCCCCCCCCCCCCCCCUUCAGCAGCUUUGUUUUCCUGGGGUGCCAGCCAUCAUCCUUCCAUUAUCCUUUUAAUUCCCCUGCCUGAACUGGUUAUAACUUUUCAUCCUCUGUUGGUGAGGUUCCUUCCUCCCUUUCCAGUGGUGAUUUAACUUAGUGUCCCUGUGCACGGGUGAGUGAUGAGUUUAAGAGCCUGCAGAGUGAGCCAUCUUGGCAAGCCAGGUGUUUUAUAGCUUGACUCUUCCCCAUGACCGCGAUAGCUAUCACCUUGUUGAAGCUAAGGUCAGCAGUUUUCGGCCCAGUUGUGCAUGUAAGCUUCCAUUUACCUAGUGGGUAGCUGUAGAGCAAUAUGCUGCUUGGUGUAGGCUAAGAUACAUGUCCUUUCCCUGGCUUGUUUCAUUACUGUGUCACCUUGUCUGCAGUAGGUAGUAAUGAUGCAGCCAGUCAUAGUACCUUGCAGACUACAGCUGCUCAUUGUCACCCCCCCCCCCCAACAAAGCUGUCACCUACAGGGUUCAAGCCACUACUCAGACCCCCAGGUUGCCUUGUUCACAGUCUGAGCUUUAUCAUUGCGUUUAAUCUGUCUUACAAUUUAGAAUACAGCACUCAUUUUAACAACUUUACAUUGAGGAUUAUGUGUUGUAUACUUGCGUCUGUAGAGCCACUAUGUCAGAAUCCUCACAUAUAUAGUCUGGUCACCUUACUUGUUAAAGGAAGAAGGCUAUGAAGAUGGCUUCCUCAAAUCCACCCAGAACACACCUGUACUUGUCCUCUGAUCUGAUCAGAAAGUGGCUGUAGUGGGGAGGGGAAGAUCCUUGGGAGAAAGAUUUUUUUUUAUUAUGUAUGGUCAUAUGUGAAUAUUAACGCUGACGCUGUCAAAAAGCCUCCUAAAAUUACUAUGUAUACCCGCUGUUGCAUUGGUAAUGUGGCUUCAGUCUGUACCAGUUCUAAAUUUGAGGCACCUAAAUCCCCCUUCCUUCUAUAAGAGAAUGAGAGUUGGUUAUAUGUUUUUUGGAUAUUUUCUGCCCAUUGUAAGCCUUCUACAGCUGUGGUGCUUUUUCCUUAACCCUUAUCACUGGUGGCGCAUACAAAAUGUUCCAUGCCUCAGUGCUAUUAGAAACCGCUCUUCUACAGAGAUGUUUCAUAUGUGUCAGAUUUUAGGAAAGGGUUAGUUUAAGGAAGUAGUUAUUCAUAAAAAGGGUGUCAUAAAUAUGAAACGGAUAACUGAUAUGCAGGGGGGGGGGGUGAGGAAGUUAAGUAUCUGUAGAGUAAGCAUGUUGGUGUCCCAGGAACAGGGCACCAACAGUAGAAAAGUAUGGUUCUGCCAAGCUGGACAAAGCCUUUGGCAGAAGUUUCCUCCAGAGCAUAAGGCUUUAUAUGAAAAAAGAGAGAGAGAACUUUUGCUGCCUUUCAGAAUGUAAUUGUUAAAGCAGCAGCUUUUCCAGUACAUUGUAGUUUCAGAGUUUUACUGUCUCCAGUGAUAUGACUGCAUAUUUAAGGUUAUUUUUCUGAGCAAUACAGUGUUCUUUGUGUUUGUCCCUAAAAGUAAAAUAUAUAUAUUUUUUGUGUCUACACAUAUAGGACCUGUUAUUUUUGUGCCUGCCUCCUUUCGUGUCUGCAGUCAUGUGCAGGUCUCAAGGACUGGAAUGCAGAAAGGAAGCACAGUAUUCUACCUCUUAGUGGCCUGUGUGGUAGAGAUUGUCAUUUUAAUUGUAUGUUUAUGCCUCUUCUCUUUGUGACAUAUGCUUUGUGUGUGCUGGUUAUCUACCCACUCUUACAGUUUGAUUCCUGUUGUUUAUGAAACUGUUUCUCCAAAUUCUCUGCUUAAAGAGGGGAAGGGAAGCUACUAGUGUUUUCCAUUAUUAGUCACCAACCUCUGUAGUUUGCCCCAUUGAGGAACAUUACAGUACACACUGUAACACCUCUCAAAUUUUCAGUCCAGCCUCAUAGCUUGCUUCCAUGUUGUGGCUGUCAAUACAAAAUGCCUCACAAUUUGGUUUGGAUCUUAAAGAUGAACCCUGCACAUUGCAAGUAUUUUUAAUUGUUUAUCUUUGUUUACAUAUUUAUAUAAAUGUAUUUCAUUUGGGAGCCUUA